CUUACAAGUUUAACAUAAAAUAAUCGCUGUUAGUGGUCAAAAUGAAGAACCGGCCAAAGAAGCACACAGCCUCUAACAAGUUUCACUUCCAAUCGUUUCGAGAUCGCAUCAACGAGAUCGAUGUGCGUCGUGGUGCAUUGUAUCGCGUGGAAACCGACUAUGAGCUUCCCGAGACCGACGAGGGAACAUACUUUCAUCAGGCGUUAAAAAAGUGGUCCGUGCAGAAUUUGUCCAGCGAGUACGUUACGUUUCAGAGCGGUUUCAAGGAAUCCUUCACACUCCCACUGCUGCUGUUCAAUAAGGAUGCUAUCGUUGAGCAUUUGGUCGCGUGUCUACGUGAAACAACCGAUUCCGCCCUACAACCACUACUGGAGCUAGUGGUAGCUCUUGCCAAGGAUUUGCGGAAAGAUUUCCACGCGUACUUUUCUCGUCUGUUCGAGGUGUUGGUAGAGUUUCUACACUCGGCCAGUGCAGAUCGUGUCGAAUGGACGCUGCUCUGUUUGGCGCACCUGUUCAAGAUCCUACGCAGUGUUCUACGAUCGGAUUUCGGCCUUACCUUCAAUAACCUUGUGCCUCUGCUGGACGAAACGAGCAGUCCACCGCACGCGGUAGAUUUUGCCACGGAAUGUCUGGGAUAUCUGGCGCGCGACCUGAAGGACAAGCGGCAACUCGUGGAGCUGUUGCUGAAAUGGCAGAUGAAGCACGAUGCCUACACGGUGGCGUGCGGAAAGUUGCUGUUCGAAGUUCUCCAUGGGGUACAGGAACACUUCCAUACGUCAGCGAAGCAAACGCUGCUGCAGCUGUUCGAGAUCAUGGAGCAGCUGGAAGAAACGGAGGCGGAUCAUUUGCAAGAAAUAUUGACGCAAACUAUCACCGACGUGGUGGAAUGCAUUCAGCCGGAGGAUAUACCUGUCUUUUGGGACGUGGUACGUGUCUCGAUUGAUAGUUAUAUCGUAAAAUUAGGCAAUGAAAAUGUCGCUAACAAAGAGCAUCUGGUGAAACAUCUGACGCGCUUGCUGCAAUUAAGUGGAAUAGUGCUGGAGUACAGAGAAGGUCGCCUGCUUGGUGACGCGCUUUCUUCGACGGUGUCACAGUUGAUAAAGCUAAUUACAACUGUUUCGUCUCCGGGCGACGAGUUCAACGAGACGGUCGUGAAUCAGAUCAUUGUGCUGCUUCGGUCAAAACACGUACGAUUGACACAGCUGGAAGCAAGCCGGCUUACGAUGAACGUGCUCAUGCUUGACCACCGUCCACUGUACGAGCGGUUCGUUGCGGCCACAGUCAAUUGCCCCAUGUUCGAAGCGUUGAUAUGGCCCAACUUUGUGAAAAUGCUCGAGGCAGAGCUGGACGAUGCGAGGAUCCGAUUUCUAGCCGGAUUGUUGCUGCAAAAGGCGCCUCUCUGUGGGAACGGGUUUCAGCUGGAAAAUUGGAAACCAUUUCCGGUGCAGGUGCUUGCGAAUGGAAACUUGGAACGCUACAUGAAUAAAUUGCUGACUGUAGAACAUGUCGAGAUGGAGUUUGUGCUGGCAAAUUCCGAGCUGUACCUUAGUGCGCUUAUCGCGUUACCGCACCUUGCAAACUUUCGUGCCAAGCAGAAUGCGGUCAGUACCCUGAAAGACACUAUCACGUAUGCCGUACAAUUUGUGCAACAAGAUAAGCCUAACAAGAGCACGAACAAGUUGAUUGAAAAAAUUAUUCCAUUUCUGGGGGUUACCGUGGAAACGAUCAUUCAUAUGAAGGAAAUCGAAGGAAAGGAAUACUUCGAUCUGCUCGAGCGGCUGCUUCCCCUUGUGAUGAAACAAGAUUGCCUACUGCUAAACACUAUCCACCUGCUGGUAACUUUCAUGGCCGAACAGCGUAAAAGUUUGUUAACUUUUGCCCGCUUCGAACGCAUGCGACCGUUUAUACAUCCAUUGUUGUUUUCGUACGAUAUGAGCGUCCGGCGCUUGGCUAGUGGAAUUCUAGCAAAAUUCGAACACCUCUCCGAGCUGGCUGUUGCUAUGGGUCCGCUUUACAGCACGAUUGCUAAGAUUGAAAACAUCGAGCCGCUAGUUCAAACUUAUCGCGGACAGGUGAUCCUCUUCCAGCAUCUUGCGUACGACAGCCAAAUGUACCAGCAGGCAGCCAACGUGGCACGCAACGAGUGGACUGAGACCGUGCUCCAGUACAUGCUGUCUACGUUCGCCGUCAACUUUAAGCUCCUGUGGGCACCGGCUGCAUCGAUCGUGCAAAGCUACGGCGACAAUAUGGUCAAGAGCGACGAACAACUGUUCUGGAAAGUGUUCGAUUCUAUGAUGCGGCUGGCGGAGGGGAAACAACCGCAUGCGGAUUGUCAAAGUUCAGCCCCUGCAGACGAAGAGGACGAACAGACGGAAUCGAUGGAUACCGAAGACGAUACCGUAGAUCGUUUGUUUCCAAAAGUGAUCGACUCGUUUAUGAAGAAACCAAAUAUCGACUAUCAUAACAUUCGCAUUCAGCUGCUUCGCACGCUUCAACAGUGCAGCUACUUUUGUCGCUCGAAAGGGGACAGUAUAGCGGAGCGAUUCUUUGCUUUUCUGGAAUCGAAAGAAUCUAAAACAAAUGCGGUCCUUGGAGAGGAACCCACGGAAACCAAGGUGGAUAGCGAAAUCCGACGGAAAAGUAGUAAAGGGGCCGGCAUUGGCACGCAGCAGGUGCUACUGUGCUACCUGAAUAUAUGCACCGAGCUGGGCCGAAAAUCGCUUCGCAAACACGCGUCCCGGCUAUACACGGUGUACGAAACGCUCGCCAGCAGUCGGAAUGAGGAAAUUCAGAAGGCGGCCUUGAAUGGAAUUUUUGCCUUCGGCGACGAACAACUCGUGCCUUACAAGGAUUUCAUUUUCCGCCUGACGAGUGAGAAAACGCUGAAAAACGCCCUCCUCUCGGUGUUCGUGCCUACGGAAGACGAGCCGGAAGAUGAAGAUGGGGACGAUGAUGGUAGUGCGGUCAGUGGACGUACGAAGAUCGCCGAAGAACACCGGCCGAAGGUGGUGCAGCUGAUGCUGAAAGUGUUGGAUGGUAAGAUCACCCAAAAUCUUGGUGGUACCGGCUCGGGUGGUCCUUUUAGGGCAACCAUCCUUACGUUCAUCGGUCGUUUGCGCAAGGAGGAAUUGGAAAUGCUUCUGAAUCGAUGGUUUGAGCCCUAUCUGAAACAGCUGAAGGAAACGCCGAUCGCUACGGUACGUAGUUUAGCCGGGGAAGAAGAGAAUGCAGCAGUAGUACCAAUACCAGCAACUUAUCGAACGAAUACGUUGCUCCACUUGCUCUCGUCUAUAUUGACCGAAGUGGCCCCAUUGCAACAAGCUGCGUUUGCGGCGAGGGUCCUCCAUCUGAAGAUAUUCUUCGAUGCUUUGCUGAUGCGCAUGGACCAUUCCAUCUACAGGAAGUACAAAACGCAAGCUUUGCUAUCGCUCGUUGAAGUGUUCAAACAAUACGAGCAAAGCGAGGAAUACGAUUGGACGGACGAGGAACUGCAGGCUAUCAUGCAUGUACACGUGUGGCCACUGCUGGAGAAUCUGCCCAGUGAUAGUAUUCACUCGCCGACGCCGCUACUAAAGCUCCUGCUUGUCUGGAGCCGUAGCGAACGGUUGUACAUGCUUCUAAGCCGGCGCCGGUACGACAAUGACAAGGAUGCGGGCAGCGACCACUCGAUGACUCCGCUCGAUGCGAUGAUCGCCCUACUAAAAGGCAGUCAAACGAGCGCAGGCGUCUGCACUGAAGUUUUCAACGCACUCGCUUCCAUGUUGGAGUGUGAUUCGCUAGUAGGCGAUCAAGAUGAAGAUGUAGGAAGGUCAGCAACUGUUGCAUCGGGCGACCGGUUAAGCCAUCGCAAUCGUUUACUUAUACCGUACGUGAAGGAGUUGCUCCAACAUAUCCGGCAAACGCUAAAGAGCAAGAAAUCGAUCUCCAGUAACAUGCUGCUGAUUCUCACGCGCAUAGCGGAAUCGGGCAUGAUCGGCAGCGACCAGCAGAGCGAGGAUGCGAUCGAAGACGAUCGGAAAUCACUAUUGAGUUUGCUUUUCCCCAUCCUGGCGAAGAAGGUGGCAGCGUUGAAUGAGAUUAGUAGCGAUCAUAUAGAGGCGAGCCUGGACGUCCGCCGAUUACACGUCAUCAUCAUGCGGCUUUUGAAGGAAAUUAGCACCCCGCAACAGUAUCUGAAGCAGUUGGCGACGCUGCUGGAAACGGUGAAAGAUGUUGUGUCACGGAAAACGAUAAUGCAAAUGUUUGAAAAUAUGGCACCGCUUUCCCCGGAACUGAUGCAAAUCUCCACGCUUGUGCAAGAAUUGAACGCUAUGGAUAAGCGCUGGAUCGAUCAGCCCGACCACUCGGCACGAACGGCCGGCUACCGAUCGAUCGACCCAAUGGUUGCUGCCGAUGCCCCGGCUGGUCAACGUAUGACCGGCAACGUGGCCAUCGUGUUCCUCUCGCACGCACUGCACGUGUUUCAGUUCGAGAAGGAACUUUCGGCCCGUCAGAACGCAAUCGAGUACGCCUGCAAGGUGAUCGCGUAUCUGGCCACCGCACAGGACGAGCGACCGGGCGAUGUGCAGUACUGUGUCGAACGAAUCGUACUGCGCGGCAUCACCAGCGGGCUGAAGAUGAAACGCUCGAGCAACGAUCGGCGGAACGAAUCGAUUCAGCUGCUCGCCGAGGUGACCCGGCAGGUGGGCGCUCUAAAGCGGACCGUUCGACCAGAGUGCCGCAUUUUCGCCGAACUGUGGCAAUUCACCGGGAAGCUAGGAGGCGGCAACGAGGGAGAUUUCUUUGAAAACAUCACCCAUCUGCAACUACACUACCACCGGAAGGCGCUGAAGCGGCUUGCCGAUAAGUUGGGCGCGUUGGUGGAGAAAGCGAAGGACGUAAACGGCAUACCUCCGAAAGGUCCAUCGCCACGGGUCAUUGUACAGUUUCUGCUUCCAAUCGUGUCGCACUACAACUGCAAUGAGGUGUACAAAAAGCAGACGAACUUGGUAGAGGAAGCGGGCAACUGUAUUAUACACCUGUCGCGCUUCCUGCCGUGGCGUAGCUACCAUAGUGUGCUGAAGCUGCACCUGACGAAGCUCCGAUACUCGUGGGAAUACCAGAAGCAAAUGCUCCGUAUCGUAAUCGGCAUUAUGGAUGCGUUCCAUUUUGAUCUUUCUACGCUUUCGAGCGCCCCGGAAGAGGAGGACGAAAAGAAGUCGGAUGGGGAACACAAUUCCUCACCUGUGGCUGGUAACGCUUUAAUGGACAAGAAACUGAUGUUACCCACGGACGUGGCAGAAGAUACGGCGGAUGUGAUGGCAGAAGAACAGGAAAAGCAAGAAAAUGGCAUGGCCGAUGGAGAAACGGAAAAUAAGGAAGAGGCGAUUGAGGACGAAAUCGAUGAUGCUGAAGUCGAUGAUGAUGCGGACGUUACGGCGGCCCAAGUAAAUGAGGAAGACCCACGGCAACUGACGGUGGACGAACGGAAGGUGGCGCGUGCAAUUGUGGACGAUAUCUCCCGCACGAUCAUACCGAGUCUCCUGUCUUCAUUUCAUUUUGCCUCGGAGGGACCGGUAACCAUUACCGGAGCGAGCGCCGGUGGCCCCUCGAACGCCGAUCGAAAGGCACGCUUUGCCAAGCAGAGGGAACAGAUGCUGAAGCUACCGAUCGCAAUCGCGAUCGUGAAACUGUUUAUGAAGCUACCCCGCCGGGAGAUCGAACUGAACCUGCCGAAGUUGAUCAUCAAAGUGAUCACGUUUUUGAAGUCGCGCCUAAAGCUGGCGCGAGCGCAGGCCCGUAACACGCUGGCUCACAUUACGCUCGAGCUGGGCGCUUCGUAUCUGAGCUUUGUGCUACAGAAUCUGUUGGCAAUGUUGACUCGUGGGUUCCAACGGCACGUGCUUACCUACACCGUGCACAUCAUUAUCGAGCGCGCGCAAAAGCAUCUCGCCGGGGGUCACGUGCUAGCGGACAUUCUGCAGACGGUGCUGCAGAUCUGCAUGGAGGACAUGUUCGGGCAGCUGAUUGGGCUGAUAAACGGGACGACCAUCGAGGGCGGUACGCUGCGCAAUGACUCGACACCGGAGUCGAAAUCGAACCGUAAACCGUACCAAACGCUCAACAUACUAGCACGGUACGCCAACGAGCAGAUGCUGGUGGACUUGUUCGCACCGUUCCGGGCCGUGCUGGUAAAGUUCCGCACGCACCAGACGCUUACCAAGGUGCAGGACGCCUUCCAUAAGCUAGCGGAAGGUAUCGUGAGUAAUGAAUCGCUCGGCCCGGAGGUACUCUUGACGUUCGUGUAUGGUAUGAUGUCUGGAAAGAUCUACACCCAAUGCGCGCUGGCCAACGGUGAACAGGAAUCUGCGGCCGACGGUGACCAAUACACGGCCAGGGGUCGAAAGCUGCUUGGAAAGGUCGCGAAACCGGGCAGCAUCUAUCUGAUCCCGGCCGAACCGAAACGAUACGGAUCGGCUGCUGCAGCGGCCAACCUCGACUACACGCUUGCAAAAACCGAGGGAAACGAUCACGUGUUUCUCGAGUGUGGGCUUGAUCUGCUGUGGCAGGCCCUCAAGCAGCAGCACGCCUAUGGCCGGCACGAUCGAGAGGUCUUCCAGCAGCGCGUUGAUCCGAUCGUGCCGAUGUUGGUGCAGUCGCUCGAAAGUAAGCACACACGCGUAACCUGCACCGCGAUCGAAUGUCUCUCGAUGCUGUGGGUCACCAAGUGGCCACUGGAAAGCCUCGCGUCCAAGGAAACGAUGGAGACGAUCAUGAAGAAGCUCUUCGAAAUUCUGCACCGUUACAAUACCAUUGCCAUCGACGAUACCAACUCCACGAACUUUCCGAUAGUCAAAGCAUGCUUCCGGGCGCUCGUGAGUAUGCUGAAGAACGUACAGCAUUUGUACAGCUUCACGAUGGACCACCAGCGCCUGCUGGUAAUGUACAUCGAGCAGGGUGUGGCGGUUGGCGGAGGCCGCCAAACGAUGGCGUUUACACUGCUACGAUCGAUCGUUGCACGCAAGCUUAACUUUUACGAGCUACAUAAACUGAUGCGGAAGGUAUUCGAGACAUCCGUGCGGUCGGAGAGCGACAGUGAACGGGCCGACUGUCGACAGAUCAUUAUGGAGUACCUAAUGAAUUAUCAACUGGGAAAGAAACUUCAACAACAUCUGCUCUUCUUCGUCGAGCAAUUGCAGUAUGAGGUACUCUUUGGACGCGAAUCGGCGGCUACGAUGCUUAAAAUGCUAUUCCAGAAACUGCCAAAGGAAACAAUCGACAAGGAACACAACACCUUGUUCUUCGCCCUCGGCGUACGACUGAUGAACGAAAGCACCGGUGAACUGCGUGCUCUAAUUGCAGACACCAUCGAAACGCUUCUCAAGCGACUCACGAUAAAGCAGAAAUGCGACGAGCUGAUACCGGUCACCCAAGAGAUGCUGCAAGAUGGGCAGAUAAAGCUCCGCGAGCUCGGUACACAACUGCUGCUCCGGCUGAUUCACAGCGAACCGACCGCCGAAUUCAUAUGCAGCUGGCUGGAAAAUGUACAGGAUACAUUGCUGCUAAAUUUGGUCCCUCAGAUAUACGCAGGUGGGUCGCUGGGGAACGGCCGGGUGGGUAUGUUCGUGAAACCGAUGGCCCCGGUGAACGCGCUUCUUCACGCGGAUACACGGGGCGAUCAUCUGAUCAUAGAGACGCUGCUCGUGUUCGAGCAGCUGCUGCAGCCGGAUCGUGGUGUCCUGACCAAUGAUCGCUACAAUUAUAUGAUCGAUUCGCUAGCAUACACCGCACAAACGCUCCUGGCCAGUGGUCACCAGUGGGUACGGCUCGGUGCACUGAAAGUGCUGUAUCAAAUAAUAAACGAACUUGACUUUGAUGCUAUUCAGAAGAAGCUUGAAAAUGGCAGCAAUGAGCAGGAAGAGGAAACCGAUGGGGAAGAAGAUGAAGCUUGUCCCAAGCAUGGCAAGCAGUUUUUCUACAAUGCACCAUUGCGCGACAGCAAAACGCUUACUUUGGAUCUGUGCGCUCAACUAACACCGGGCAGUGGGAUGGUAGACGAGCAAAAUGACGAGGCCGCUACGCUCGUUAUGCAAAUUCUGUUCCUGCUGGCGAACAUGUUGCGUGUUGUGCCGAUGAAGGACGAAAAGAUGUCUUCGUCAUCAAAGAAGAUCAAUCUGUGCUGGCUGUUACGACGGGUGCGGUAUGUGAUACAGAAUGAAGUGCUGAAAACGCCUAACAUUUACAUCCUGCGUAAGCAUGCACUACACUGGAUGACGUCAGUGGUAGCCAUUCUAGAGCAGGACGUGCUGGAAGAGUUGGCGCCCACCCUGCUUAUUCCAGCCGUUCGGGAGCUAACUGCCCAGGAAGCAUCGGCACGCAGAACGAAAGCCGCCGAAAAUGAUCCGGCAAAGGCAUCGCUCCUUAAGGUGGCCACGACUUUGUGCAAGGAUAUCAGCAGGCGGCUCGGAACGACCACAUAUGACAAGAUACGCAACACACUUGAGGAGUCCCUGCGCCUUAAGCGUACAGGUCGGAAGGCGCAACUGGCACGGGAGAAGAUCACGCAGCCGAAGCUUGCAGCCCGCCGGAAGGAUCAGAAAAAGUUACGAAAUAAGGAAGCGAAAAAACGAAAAGUGGCAAGCCACGCGGAUGCUUCCGAUGGUACCGAUGGCGUUGAUGGCGUUCUGAUGGGUACGAAACGGCGUGCCAAGGGUGGUGGGGUGCCUAUCAAGCGUAAAAAAAUGGAAGCACUUUUCAGAGAAUAAGAACUUCUUACGAGGGAGGCAUAGCUUAAUGAAAAGUAUGCAAUUAGACAACAAGUUAAUUGAGAAAUGGAACACAAUAAAUCAUUAUAUAUGU